UCUCCUAAGGCGGUGGUCUGGAAGGGUUAUGCUAAUGAGUGUUGGGUUAAACACUGGAUUUAUGUCAGUUUGGAUAAAAACCUGGGGUUGAGAAGAACAUUUUAAUUAUAGUUUGGAUCCAGGAUACUGAGUGCCAUCUGGGUGGGGAAGAGAAAGGAGGAGAAAAAGGAAAGGAAAGGAAAGCAAGGACUCCUCCUAGAUAUAUAGUCUUCUAUAUUAAUUUGUCUCUUUAUUGACUGCCUCCUCAGAAGUAAAGGUACACGCUUUGUCCUUGCGCGUCGUCUUCUCCAAAGUCCACGUUGCUCCUGAUCACAUCUGUGACCUUGUACCAUUUCCUUCUCACUGAUUUCUCAGCGCACUCCGACACCUGCCCCAAUCCUCCUCGCUUACCCCACCCUCCUGAAUUGCCAUGGCAGCCGCCAAGCCAAAAGGGCAGAACUCUCUGGCCCUUCAUAAAGUGAUCAUGGUCGGCAGUGGAGGUGUGGGCAAGUCAGCUCUCACCUUGCAAUUCAUGUACGAUGAGUUUGUGGAAGACUAUGAGCCUACGAAAGCAGACAGCUACAGGAAGAAGGUAGUCCUUGAUGGAGAGGAGGUUCAGAUCGACAUUCUGGAUACAGCAGGUCAAGAAGACUAUGCGGCCAUUAGGGACAACUACUUCCGCAGUGGAGAGGGCUUCCUCUGCGUCUUCUCCAUCACCGAGCUGGAAUCAUUUGCUGCGACUGCUGACUUCAGAGAGCAGAUCCUGCGCGUGAAGGAGGACGAGAACGUACCCUUCCUUCUGGUGGGGAAUAAAUCGGACCUGGAGGACAGGAGACAGGUGAGCGCGGACGAGGCUAAGAGUCGAGCUGAGCAGUGGGGCGUGUGCUACGUGGAAACGUCAGCCAAAACCCGUGCCAACGUGGACAAGGUGUUCUUCGACUUGAUGAGAGAAAUCCGUGCCAGGAAGAUGGAGGAAAGCAAGGAGAAGAAUGGGAAGAAGAAAAGGAAAAGUCUGGCCAAGAGAAUUCGAGAGAGAUGUUGCAUUUUAUAGUAAAAAAAAAAAAAAGUGCUUUAACAAUCAUUGCCAUGCUCUUCCCUUAUGUUUUAAAUAUGUAAAUAUGUCUCUUCCGUAUUUCGCCUCACAGCCAGCUAAUCCUGGCGGGUGUGUGGGGUGUGCAGCGUUGUCACGGUGAUUGUGCGUCAGAGCCGGAGUUGCUUUUGCCUCAGGUGAAGCUUCUAGGAACUCUUUCUCACUUUGCACCAUGUGUUCGUUGUUUUGUUAUGUACCAGAAAUCCACAUCUUGUGGAGUGUCUGUCUUUUGUUGGCACUAGUCACAUUUCAGAUUGCUGUCAAUCCAAACAGAGAUUUUUACAGGUUCAGCACAAACCCCAGGAUCCUGCUGCUCGAUUAAAAUCCUGAACUGGAACCAGCAGGUCAGAAAACGUGGACCACUCGUGUAAACUACGACCGCUGUUUUGGAUUCAGGUCUAUUGCGUCUGGGAUAUUUGCUCACUUUUUUUUGUGAAAAGAGGUCAAAUAACCCACCAGGCCUUGAGCUGCCUUAGACAGAAUGAAAUCCGAUGGAAAUAAGUCUCUAACGGGCCAUUGUGUGUCCUUGUUGUGAAAACAUUUUAACUUUGCAUAAAAUUUAAAUAUAUUGUUCUAUUUAAAAUGGUGUGACCUGAUUGGCUGUCAGUUGGGAUUAAUUGUUGCUAUUUACAUUCAAAGCACAGUAACAUCUUUGGGUUAAUAGCUAGCAAACGCCUACACUUAUGAACUACCCUACAAGACGCUAGUCGUGUGUACGGUUAGGGUUCGGGUUAUAAUUUCCCCCUUUAUUUAAUUUUAUGCUUUUUGCUAAGCUAUGAGAAAUGUGAAUUAGAAACAGGAAGUUGCUUGUGAAGCAUAUUUAGGCCAUUUGACUUCCUGAUGCCUUGAUGUCCAAUGUGAAUGUGAAGCUCCAUAUUCAGCCUUUUAAUCAAGUGUAGGAUUGGAGCAGUAGUUUGCAGGGAAGGCCACUUACCCUGUGUAACAUUGAUUUGAAACUGUUAACACUGUGCAGGGCUUUAUUACACUACGUUCAGACUGCAACCCGAAACGACCCGUAUCCGAUUUGUUGUGAAAUCCGAUUUUUUUCUUAGGCCGUUCACAUUACCAAUUAUAUGAGACUUGUAUGCGAUCUCCAGUAUGAACGGAAAACGACCCAAAAGUGUCCCGCAUGCGCAAAUUGACACGUAAUAAGCACAUCUACGUAAUACGUAAACAACAACAAAAAAAAGCGUCGUCCGCCAUUGUUGUUGUUUUCCACCAAAGAGGCGGGAUUAGCCAACGCAGAAUAGUGACGUUUGUCUCUUGUUGAUGACGUGUAGGUCGCAUGAAUGCGACCUGUCCGGUCAAACUGCAGUCGCAUGUGAAAAUAACGGAUAUGCACCGGAAUUAGGACCACAUAUCCAAGCGGCCUGGGUCGCAUGUGAAAAAAAUCGGAUCUGUGUCGUUCAGAUUGUCAAUAACAAAUCGGAUACAGGUCGCAUAUGGGCAAAAAAAUCGGAUAUGGGUCGUUUCAGGGUGCAGUCUGAACGUAGUCUUAGUGUGAGGUUUUUUUUUUUUUUCCAAUUUGUUCUCUGCCAUAUCAUCAGAGACGCAAUUUACAAAAAAAAAAAGUUCUGACUAAUGCUGAUGCCGUGUGAAAUACUACAACAAUGUUUGUCUUUUUCUGUGCGGUUUGUGAAGUGGCUGUUGUGUGCUUUUUAUUCUUUUUUUUUGACAAAUUGCAUCAAAACACUUUACUGAGUAAGGUUUGUUUUAAAUGCCAUUGUUUUUACUGAUGAAAGAAUGACUGAUUUUAUUUUAGACAUUUUUUUAAAAUGUUACUUUCAGUACACUCCUACACCGAUCAGCCAUAAACUUAAAACUACUGACGGGUGACUAACAUUGAUUAUCUCAUUACAAUGGCACCUGUCAAGGGGUGAGAUAUAUUUUGCAGCAAGAGAACAGUCAGUUCUUGAAGUUGAUGUGUUGGAAGCAGGAAAAAUGGGCAAGCGUAAGGAUCUGAGUGACUUUGACAAGGGCCAAAUAGUGAUUGCUAGAUGUCUGGGUCUGAGCAUCUCCAAAAUGGCACACCUUGUGGGGUGUUCCCGGUAUACAGCGGUUAGUACCUACCAAAAGUGGCCCAAAGAAGGACAACCAAUGAAGUGGUGACAAGGUCAUUGAUGCGUGUGGGGAAUGAAGGCUAACCCGUCUGGGUCGAUCCAACAGAAGCGUUACUGUAGGACAAAUUGCUCUGACACUGGGCACGUGAGCUUCAGAACUGGACCUGGUGGCCUGGUCUGAUGAAUCAUGUUUUCUUUCAUAUCACGUGGAGAGCUGGGUGCAUGCGCUUGGCUUACUUGGGGAAGAAAUGGCACCAAGGUUCACUAUGGCAAGCCAAGCUGGUGGUGGCAGUGUGAUGUUCUGCUGGGAAACCUUGUAUCCUGGCAUUCAUGUGGAUGUUACUUUGACACGGACCACCUACCCUAAACAUGGUUUCAAACCAAGUACAUCCCUUCAUGGCAACGGCAUUCCCUGAUGGCAGUGGCCUCUUUCAGCAGGAUAAUGCGCCCUGCCACACUUCAGAUAUUGUUCAGGAACAUAACAAAUGGUUCAAGGUGUUGACUUGGCAUCCAAAUUUCACAGAUCUCUAUCUAAUGUGGGAUGUGCUGGAAAAAACAAGUCCAAUCCAUGGAGUCCUCACCUCACAACUUGCAGGACUUGAAGGAUCUGUCUUGGUGCCAGAUACCGCAGCACACCUUCAGAGGUCUUGUGGAGUUCACGCCUCUGUGUCCACUGUUCUGGUAGCACAAAAAGGACCGACACACAAUCAAGCAGGUGGUUUUCAUGUUCUGGCUGAUUAGUGUACUGUUUUUUUCUUUCGUUAUUAUACCUCUUUUGUUAAAAUGCGCCAACGUGCAGUUUGCUUAAUUUACCAAAACUCUCCGAUUUAAGUGUCGUGAAGGUCAAGGCUCGAUGUGUUAGCUCUCACUUUCAAAAUGUGCUGUGAAAUAAGAAUCAUAACUCCACUCCUCUAUCUUUCAGUAAAUCGAGCUGUAAACUCUAACAAAAGCCAGGCAUGUGUUCUGCAAAUGGACAAGUGGCACUAAAGGUUGGAGAUGAUGCAAACACGUUGUUACUGGGUGUGAUUUUUUUUUUUUUUUUAAAUAUAUAAAGAGAAAUGGAACUGGUUUAUAAAAACAAUCUGAAACCUGGGAGACUCGAAGCAAACCAUUUUGUAAAAUUGCCGUUGGAAAUCAAUGGAGAAUUAUACCAGUAACUACCAUGAUGCUAUUUAUGGCGACUCGUAGUUCACCGUUAAUAACGGUAUCAAACGUUGAACUGUAACUUUAAAGUAUGGAAGGGUAGUGAGCGAUAACCCUGGUGAGCUUUUGUAGCAAAUUUAUUUAGCUCUGCUUUGCUUGCUUACUUACUAAUCCUGUCAAUGGUGCUAAUUUUUUGCUUAUUUGCAACGGCUCACUUGUCUGUUCAUGUGUGUGCAAGCGUGUGCACUUUUUUUUUCCUUUUUUUUUUUAAAUCAUAUAAAUGGUGUACAUGCCCAUACAAAUUAUUAUAUUGAAUUUAAUACAAUCCAAUUUCAUUAAUGUAUA